AUGGGCUGCAGUGUCAGCAAAAAGUCACAAGAUUUUGAAUUAAAAUUAAGUGAAUCAUAUUCUUCAUUCUCUUUACGGCCUGAUCCUUUUGAUGAAUUAAAUUUGGAAUUAACUAAGCAACGAAAAAUUACAAAAAUACCUUGGAUACCAUAUAGUAAUUUUAAUAAUAUAACAUCUAUCCCAAAUGAUGAUAUUAAUUAUAUAAAUUAUUUUGCUACAUGGAAAAAUGAACCUACUAGAAUCAAAGAUUUAAAAGUUAUAUUAAAAGAAUUAAUUAAUUCUUCUCAUUUGACUCGAGAUGACUUAAAAUUGAUUGCAGCUGAACUCGAAUGUAACGACAAGAAAAAUUUGACCGAAGUUCUAGGGAUUUCCCAGAAUCCAACUUCGCUCAACUAUAUUAUUGUCGUUGAUUUUCUAUUUUCUGGAAAUUUGUAA